CCAAAAAGACUAAACUGCCUUUAGUGUUGAGUUAUGUGCCUCUGUGUUCAGUGGGGCCCAGACCUAUUAGUCCCACUACAAUGUGAACUAUAGCUAUUAUUUGAUAGUCAUAUAAUCAAUUUGAGGGGCAAGAUAUGAAUCCUGCAUCUCGGGAGACACUACUAGAGAGUUUGAAUCAACGAAGUUUGUGUAAGGUGAAUCCGACCUGCUUUGACUCUUAAAUAAUUAGUUUCAUGCCGCGUUCAGGUCAUAUAGGAGUUCUUGUAAUUACGACUUCCCUACAUGGUAAACGCGUUCACGGCAUCAACCAAGACGAAAAUACGACCGGCGUCCCAUGUGGCGUGAAUGCGGCAUUCCGCAUCCUGGGGGCGGCGACGUGCAGCAUUUACUGGCAAACAAACAACGAAAGUGUGACAAAACCCGGGAUACAAUACAACUAAAUACAUUUUAGAGGAAUCCAGCUGGGAAUGAAACGUUGAUUGCGGACAAUAUCUAUCGCAAUAACCCAACACCCCUGCCGGUCUCUGCUCCGGAUCUAAGCCAGAGAUGACCACCGAGAAGACUGGAUUCCCUCCUGUGGCGGGGGGACCCUCUCCACUCUCGCUCCACGGGCAGCCAGCGUUUCCUCCUGCAUAUGACAUGACCAUGGCAAGCCCAAACAUGUUCGGCCCAGCACCUGUUGGUCCUCCUCCUGUUGGUCUCCCUUUCCUCCCACCGACUGCUUUCGGACCUGGUGCUCCUGGAGCUUUCGGACCUGGUGCUCCUGGAGCUUUCGGACCGGGUGCUCCUGGAGCUUUCGGACCUGGUGCUCCUGGAGCUUUCGGACCGGGUGCUCCUGGAGCUUUCGGACCUGGUGCUCCUGGAGCUUUCGGACCUGGUGCUCCUGGAGCUUUCGGACCGGGUGCUCCUGGAGCUUUCGGACCGGGUGCUCCUGGAGCUUUUGGAAUGAAUAUGAACCCUCAAGGCGGCUUGGGAUAUGGCCCCAACCCCUCUUCUUCACCAUAUUCACCACCAGGCCAGGGCUUCAGCAACACCUUCACUGAUGAUGUUUACCCUAACGAGGAGGAUCCGCCCCCAUUUCAUGAGAAUCAAGACUUUGAUUUUGGAUUGGAUAACAAGAGCAUAAGAAGAGCCUUUAUUCGAAAGGUAUUCUUGGUGCUCACUGCCCAGCUGAUGGUGACAUUCGCCUUUGUGGCUGUUUUCACCUUUGUGGAGCAAAUCAAGGUGUUUGUCAUGGUGAACGCCUGGACCUACUUGGUGUCCUAUGCGAUAUUCUUUGUGUCAGUCUGUGUAAUCAGCUGCUGUGGGAGCGUUCGCCGAAGACAUCCUUGGAACCUGGUUGCCCUAUCUGUCCUGACUCUCAGUAUGUCCUACAUGGUGGGAAUGAUUGCUAGCUUCCAUGACACUGAAACGGUUGUCAUGGCAGUGGGCAUCACAGCAGUCGUGUGCUUCACAGUGGUCAUCUUCUCUCUGCAGACCAAGUACGACUUCACUUCCUGUUACGGUGUGCUUUUCGUCUGUUUAAUUGUCCUGGUCGUCUUCGGAAUACUCUGCAUCAUUAUCCGUGACAGGAUCCUGCACAUUGUGUAUGCUGGGCUGGGAGCUUUGCUCUUCACAUGUUUCUUGGCGGUGGACACGCAGCUGCUGCUUGGCAACAAGGAACUGGCCCUCAGUCCAGAGGAAUAUAUCUUUGCAGCUCUUAACCUGUACACAGAUAUCAUCAACAUCUUUCUCUACAUUCUUGCUAUUGUCGGAAGAGCAAGGGGUAGCUGAGCAGGAGGAACAACAGUUACAUAUUGUGAUGGGAAUUUGUUUUGAAUUCAUGUCUAGAAGUGAUUUUCCAUAGUCUUGAUGAUUAUUUUGUCUUGUAGUGUGCGCUGAUCACAUAGCUCAAGAGUUUCUUUUGCUUCACCCAGUGUAAAUGUAAUUUUUUAUGAGAAUUUAAAUACACUGUCUAUGCUGUAGUUUGGGGGUUUAUCAAAGCUUUAUGUAGGACAUGUUGUAAAAAAAAAAAAUACAAAAAAAAACUUAACAGUGUUAAGAUUUAACACUAGCUUUUCCCAGGGCUCUCGGUCUUCAUCAGCAGAAGGAGUUUGAUCAGUUGUCAUGAAGAUGAAUCUGUUGAUAUGCAAGCUCAGUUGUGGUUGUGAUUUGUCCAGGUUGGCUUCUUCAGCAGAUGACCUUAUGUGGUUGAAACUAUGGAGGGAAAAAAGGCUAGUAAGUGGACCUUGAGUUGGGAUUGUGAUUGUUUUGUCAAACUGCUAUUUCCUGGGUCAAUAUUGAACUGUCACACUUAACUUAUAAGCCAGCAGGUGUGAGAAGGGCCAUAUAUGAAAUUAUAACAGCUGCUGAACUUGCAUGUCAACAAAUCCAUCACCCUGACAACUGAGCAAACUGCAUUAGCUGGUGAAGACUGUGUGAUAUGGUUGAAAGCCCUAGACAAAGCUAGUAAGUUGACCUCGAGUUGUGAUUUUUGGUCAAAAUGCUAUUUCUGAGAUAAAAUGUAACAUUUUAAUGGAAAAAAAUGUUUAAAAGAUGUUUUUCUAAACCUGAUCUGUUAUUUGUAUGGAGUGAAAGAACCCUGAAAGAAUCAACAUUCCACCAGAGAA